UCCCGGGCAGAUCCGAGCUGGCUUUGGGAGGGUGGCUUCCUUGCCUCGACAACCUGAGGACUCUGCAUCUGCUGCGAGACCAUGUCUAGCAACGGGUCAGAUGUCCCUACUGAAGUCCAGGCUGCUGUGGAAGAACCUGUCCCACAGCCCAGCGUGGUGGGCCGCAUGGCCAACCUGCCUCUCAUCAGCUCCACGUGUGAGAUGGUGAGUGCUGCGUAUGCCUCCACAAAGGAGAGCUACCCCCACGUGAGGACCGUGUGUGACGUGGCUGAGAAAGGAGUCAAGACCCUCACUGCAGCGGCGGUCAGCGGGGCACAACCUAUCUUGUCCAAGCUGGAGCCCCAGAUUGCCACGGCCAGUGAGUACGCACACCGCGGGCUGGACAGAUUGCAGGAAAGCCUACCCAUCCUCCAGCAGCCCACGGAGAAGGUUCUGGCGGACACUAAGGAACUGGUGUCAUCUACAGUAUCUGGGGCCAAAGAAAUGGUGUCCAACUCAGUGAUCAGUGCAAAGGACACAGUGACCACUCGGGUGACCGGAGCAGUGGAUGUGACCCGGGGGGCUGUACAGAGUAGCGUGGACAUGACCAAGUCAGCAGUGACCAGCGGCGUCCAGUCAGUCAUGGGCUCCCGAGUGGGACAGAUGGUGAUUAGCGGAGUGGACACGGUGCUGGUAAAAUCAGAGGCCUGGGCGGACAACCGCCUGCCCCUGACGGAUGCAGAGCUGGCCCUGAUUGCCACGUCCUCAGAGGGCUCGGACAUGGCCUCACUGCAGCAGCAGAGACAGGAGCAGAACUACUUCGUCCGGCUGGGCUCGCUGUCGGAACGGCUACGCAACCACGCCUACGAGCACUCACUGGGCAAGCUUCGCAAUGCCAGACAGAGUGCGCAUGAGGCGAUGCAGCAACUCACACAUGCGCUCAGCCUGAUGGAAUCUGUGAAGCAGGGUGUGGACCAGAGGCUGGGGGAGGGCCAGGAGAAAUUGCACCAGAUGUGGCUCAGCUGGAACCAGAAGACACCCCAGGAUGCAGAAAAGGACCCAGCUAAGCCAGAGCAGGUGGAGGCCCAGGCGCUCGGCAUGUUCAGGGACAUUGCCCAGCAGCUACAAAGCACGUGUGUGGCCCUGGGGGCCAGCAUCCAGGGCCUGCCUGGCCACGUCCGGGAGCAGGCCCAGCAGGCCCGCAGCCAGGUGGACGACCUUCAGGCCACUUUCUCCAGCAUCCACUCCUUCCAGGACCUCACAGCCGGUGUUCUUGCCCAGACCCGAGAACGCAUAGCCAGAGCCCGGGAGGCUCUUGACCACACUGUGGAGUACGUGGCCCAGAACACGCCGGUCACGUGGCUGGUGGGCCCCUUCGCUCCUGGAAUCACUGAGAAAGCCCAGGAAGAGAAGAAGUAGAGACAGGUCGGGGACAGCAGUUGGUUUCAGCCAGCUUUUCCCAAUAAUCCUGUUGCAUACUAGGUCCUCAGCUACCCUGAGUUAACCUUCUCCCAUCAGUCUUUCGAAGAAAAAAAAAUCUCUAGAAUGUUCUAGGAGAAAAAAAUUUUCGAGAAUGUUCUAGAAAAAAAAUCCCUAAAAGAAAAAACAGUCAGGGAAACCAGUAGUAAUGGCACAUUCCUGCCAUCCUAUGCCAGCACUGUGGCGGGAGAGGCAGGAAGAUCAAGAAUUCUAAGCCAGGGGGAGCUGGAGAGAUGGCUCAGUGGUU